AUGGAUGAUCACAGAGAUAGGACACACAUUUGUUCAUUUUGCAAUCGGGGUUUCCGCAAGCCCGAGCAUCUCCAGCGGCAUAGAAGAAUACAUACAAAAGAGAAGCCAUACUCGUGCGAAUGUGGUUCAUCCUUUGCCAGGAAAGACAUGCUACAAAGGCAUAGACGUAUUUAUCACAACCCAGAUAGCGUCUCGACGAAUAACAAUGUCCAAAGAUCAAGUCGUGCUGGUAUUCAACCCAUGGAUCCACUAAGCGAUACAGCGUCUCAAACGCGAUCGCAGACUGUCUCGAUUAGAAGUCACACAAGACCUGAAGAAUAUGAAGCGCCUUUAGAAACGCCAAAUGACGCCCAAGAAUCCAUAAUAUCUUUAGGAGAGGCAGUGCCGCUGCCCCCCGAAUAUCAUAGUCUAAGUGAGCACCCAAUUUGA